AUGCAGAUCACGGCUCUGCUCUGGUCGUGUUCUUUCGCAAGCCUUGCUCUCGCCCAAUGGAACCACCGUGGAUGGGGCGGCUGGCAUCCUGGACCUGAUCACAAUCACAACAGCGAUACGGCCAAAACAAUCGAUCUUACCGGCAACGGUUGGACACUACGAAGCCAAAACGGUAGUAUUGAAGUGCCGGCCAGAGUACCUUCUCAACAGUUCUUGGACCUAUAUGCUGCAGGAGUCAUUGGGGACCCUCUCUUUGGCCUCAACAAUACCUAUGAGACCUGGGUACGUGAUCAGAACUGGACGUACUCCCGAUCUCUUCGCGAUGUCCGUGCAUCGCCUGGCACGACCACUCUUCUUGUCUUCAAGGGCUUAGAUACGUUCACAACCAUCUCCCUCUGCGGCAAGCAAGUUGCAUACACACAGAAUCAGUGGAGACAAUACGUCUUUGAUGUUUCAAACAUACUGCAGUCCUGCCGCGGCACGCCUCAGCUUUCUCUCAACUUUGGACCCGCUGUCAACGUCACCCACGAGAUCAGCAAAGGACCGGAAGGAGACCAACUCAGCUGUAGGGUAUAUGCUAGAAAAGAACAGAGUGAUCUUGGAUGGGACUGGUCCCCGUCGCUAGCUCCUGCUGGACCGUGGCGCCCCAUUUAUGCAGUGCAACUGACCGGAAACGAGAUCUAUGUCAACAAUGCCGCCAUCGACAUCUAUCGGAAGGGGCAGCAGAACAAUCUCUCACCUGAUCAAUCUCAACCAUGGAUAUUCAAUGCAAGCAUCGACUUCACUAAUCCAUCCUCAGCCGGCUUCCACCACCGCGCUUUGCCACGAGAGACAAAGAUGCAGCUGACUCUGACAGACGCUGGCGGCAGGCAGGUUCUACAACGGCAACUGAGCGGCGUAUACAGUUCCGCCGAAACCGUGACCGGCAGUACUACGAUAGAUCCAGCCUCCGUGCAGCAGUGGUGGCCAAAUGGGAUGGGCGCUCAGACUCUCUAUACUGCCAAGAUCGAUAUCAUCACCGACAACGGCCGCUUUGGACAACAAAGCACAAUCGGCAGUGUCGAGCGUCGUGUGGGCUUCCGGACCAUUGUUCUUAACCUAGGGGCCAUAACCGACGAGCAGCUUGCCCAGGGCGUAGCUCCAGGUGCUAAUUGGCAUUUCGAAGUCAAUGGAAACACCUUCUAUGCUAAAGGCGCCAACAUAGUUCCUCUCGAUGUAUUCUGGCCAGAGAUUGACGAUGCAAAAGUCACACAGCUUUUCACCCUUGCCAAGGAAUCGAGCAUGAACCUCAUCCGUGUCUGGUCUUCCGGCGCCUAUCUUGACGACUGGAUCUAUGAUAUAGCAGAUGAGAUGGGCAUUUUGCUGUGGUCAGAGUUUGAAUUUGCCAGUGCUGUCUACCCGGUCACUCCGCGCUUCCUGGAAGAGUAUGAAGCAGAAGCCUACUACAACGUCCGCCGAAUCAAUCAUCAUCCCAGCCUUGCGCUGUGGGCUGGUGGGAAUGAACUCGAGAUAGUUGAGCUUGGCUUCUAUUACGGCAAGCCUGAAUUUGCCUACUAUCAACAAAUCCAGGAAGAGCUACUCAUCAAAUGCGUCUACGCCAAUACAAAGUCAAUCAGCUACAUCCCAUCCUCUACGUACAACGGGUACACCAGCAUCGAUUUCGACUCCGUCCGGCCUCUGACGAGUCGAUAUCGCAACACCUCGGGUCCAGACUACUACUACAACGACACCGAUUCGUACAACUACGAUGCUCCGACACUCUUCGACUUUAACACUUACCCUGUAGGGCGCUUUGCGGACGAAUUCGGUUUCAUCGCUAUGCCGUCUGUACAAAGCUGGGAGCUCGAAGCAGCGGCUGAUCAGUUGUACUAUCCCUCCGAUACAGUCAUCAACCACAAUCGACAUUCAGGACUCAACUUUGGCGAGAGCGGGGAUGCAAUGCAGGCUUCCUUGGCUGGUCUUGCACAGAUGACCCUUGGUGUAACGACGUAUCUUCCGGUGCCUGAUCUGCAGGAUUCGAGAGCGAACUUCAGUGCCUGGUGCUACUCUACCCAAGUUGUGCAGGCAGAUGCGAUAGGACACCAGCUUGCGUUCUACAGACGCGGUUCUGGCUUGCCCGAGCGGCAACUUGGCUGUCUCUACUGGCAAUUGAAUGAUGUGUGGGCGGCACCGACUUGGUCAAGCGUCGAGAAUACCGGUCGUCAGAAAAUGCUCUACUAUGUCGGCAAAGACUUGUACUCACCUGUCAUCGUCUACCCAUACUACAAUCGUAAUACUACUGACCUGCAGGUUUGGGUGAUGUCCGAUCGUACGCAGGCACUUUCUGGAACGCUCUCUUACCAGUGGUUCGAUUUCUCUGGAAAGCCACUCGCUGUAGGAGGUACAGUCACUAUCGAAGGUCAGCAAAACACUACAAGUAGAGGCAAUAUGACGAACUCGAAACCCGAGACAAUCAACUUCAAUGUUGGUGCCAUCAACACCACACAAGUCUUGCACUAUCCGAACCUCGGACAGACACUCGCCAACAGCAACGUCAACGCCUCGAAUGCCGUCUUGUUCCUCUCCAUCACCGCCGGCUCAUACAAGCAUAGUCAAGUCUUCCACCCUCUCUAUCUCGGCCAGGCAAAUCUGCAGGACCCAGGCCUCAAGCUCACAAACUCUGGAGGCAACUCUUGGACCGUCACUGCCACCAAAGCUGUAGCUGGAUGGGUUUGGCUCGAGUACGAUACGAAUGAUGUGUUGGGAUACUGGUCUGAGAAUGCGUUCUGGUUGAAUAAGGGCGAGAGUAGGACUGUGACGUUUACUGUGUUCAGCGAUGAGAGUGGAGGGCAGUGGCCAAGUACCGUGAGCGUGAGGAGUGUAUAUGACAACAAGCGAUCGUAA